GUUUGAAAACUGGAUACCACUUCUCGUGUACAUGCGAUACAGCGUAACAAUUAUUUUAUACACAAGGCAAAAAUUGUAUGUUGGUAGUGAUGUAGUGGUAACGUAUAUGCCUACUGAACUUAGGCACGUGUGAUGGUGGAAGUUUGAAUGCGGCCGGGGACACAUUUGCUGCGUUCGGGAGAGGGCCAGCCAUCUGACGAAAUGUUCAGCGGCCAUACUGAAAGUAACACGCGCAAUAUUUAGUUAGUAGGGAAAUAACCUGCCAACCGUUGUUAAUGUGCAAAGCAUUGCAUUUGGCUUUGGCCUGACAAAGGAUUCCCCUUGAGUAUGUCGAACGUAAAGGUUCAUGGGCAGCCACAACUAAAAGUGUACUCUAAAAAAUCAAUUGCAGAAAGUGCUCGGAAAGUUAGCUUCGAUAAUAUAACAACAGAAAUUGCUUUUGGUGUUUUUCUCUAUAUAAAAUCGGCUAGAUUUUGCUAAUUUUUAAUGAUCAUUGGAUACAAGGAUAGAACCACCAAGCAGUUCAUAACGCUAGAGGAAAUGCUUCUCCUACACUUAGUAGUUUCAUCGAAUUUCUCACGAGCAAUGUCGUCACUCUCUGAUACUGCUGCAACCGUUGAAAUGCCCGAAGAUCCUCUUGCACCGCCACCUGUACCGGAUUAUCACCGCGGUGCGAAGCGUAAAGGUUCCGGGGACGAAACACAGUUGAUGCCUGAAAUUGUUGAUGUAAAGAAAAUUCGAAUGGGUAAUAAGGACCUACGGCCCGGAUUCUCUGAGGACCGUUUCGAUGAAACUGAUUAUUAUUUCGAAAACGGGCUAAGAAAGGUGUAUCCUUAUGAAUUUACAUAUUCCACAUUCACCAAGGGCCGCUGGGUAGGUAGGCCACUCUUGGACGUGUUUAGACAGGAAUUCCGCGCACAAACUUUGGAAUACUACAAUAACGCCAUUGCUAGUGGUCGUGUGCGUGUCAAUAACGAAUCAGUGGGUCUUGAUUACCGCCUGAAAGACGGCGAUCUUAUGAUAAACAGAACCCAUCGACAUGAAGUGCCUGUCAUUGGUUGUAAACUCAAAAUUAUCCAUGAAGACGAUCACAUGCUAGUGGUCGAUAAGCCUCCGUCGAUACCUGUGCAUCCGUGCGGUAGAUAUCGUCAUAAUAGUAUUAUUUUUCUUCUUGCCAAGGAAUUCGGAGUCAAGAAGAUCCAUACCAUCCACCGUCUUGAUAGGCUCACUUCAGGAAUACUUAUGUUUGCCAAAAGUCUCGAACGAUCACAAUUUAUGUCGUCACAGAUUCGGAGCUUAGCUGUCCAAAAAGAGUAUUUAUGCCGGGUUGAGGGAGAGUUUCCCGUCGACGAAGUGGAAGUAUCCGAACCGAUAGAGGUAUUCUCUAAUAAAAUUGGAGUUUGUGGAGUAGGUCGCGAAGGAAAGGCAUGCACGACAUUAUUUAAACGACUUAGCUUUAAUGGUAAGUCGAGUGUUGUACUUGCAAAACCAAAACAAGGCCGAAUGCAUCAGAUUAGAGUGCAUCUCCAAUACCUUGGACACCCGAUUGUAAACGAUUCCCUAUACAACGAUGUGAUCUUCGGUAAAAACAAGGCCAAAGGUGGUCUUUCAGAAAAGACUAAGGACGAGCUAGUUGCCGACUUACUCAAGCUGCACACGAUAGAAAACUGGCUCAAGCCGAUGACGGAAAAAGAUGUCGAAGAACGCAGAAAAGAAUGGGGCAGCAUGUCUUCCAAGAAAGGGACAACUCGUGAAGACCCGUUCAAAGCAAAGGUCCACAUGAUGCCAUUUGAUGCCGUCAUCCGACCAAUUCCAUCCGUCCUAGACGAGGUCAAGGUAGCCUCCUUGAUGGAGGCAUUGCGUGGACCCAACGGCGAUUCCAAGGUUCCACCUGUAGAUGUACUAUGGAUAAAAGGACGUGAAGGCGGUGAUUACUACUACUCGUUUGGGGGAUGCCAUCGUUAUGAAGCCGCAAAGAGAUUAGGCUUCAGGCAGAUUCGAGUGAAAAUCAUUAAAUCUAAUAUUCAAGAUUUACAAAUAUACCUUGGCGCUAGCACACCAGAUUUGAAGUAAUAUAUUUCAUUCAGAUAUUUUAAUGGCAUGCUAAUAAAUUCAAACUGCCAAUUGC